AUGGGAUCCGCAUUGAGCAUUGGCGCGGGGUUUCAGGACCACGAACACUAUCGCUCUCAGUCGCAGAUAGCAUACAAGUCUGGCAAUGGCGCAAAGGCAAAAGAACUCUCGUUGAAGGCCAAGGAGUAUGGACGAGAGAUGGACCGCUAUAACAAUAUGGCAAGAGACAUGGUCUUCAAAUGUAGGAAUGAACCCUCGAAUGAACUGGAUUUGCAUGGCCUUAAAGUCCGAGAGGCUUUAGAUAUCACUCGAGAGCGACUGACCAAGUUUGUCAAGAACAGAGAGCCGAACCUGAUGAUAAUUGUCGGUCGGGGGAAGAACUCCAUCAACGGUGUGGCUAAAAUCAAGCCUGCAGUGACUGAAUUGGUGAACGAGUUCCACAUCAAGGCGACGCCCAACAAGCCUAACCAAGGGUGCAUCUGGAUUGAGCCUGCAGGACCCGAGGGCAUGGACCUUUCCUGGCUCGAUGACUUUUUUCGAGACGUUGCCAAGAAGCUGUGGGUCUUCUUGGGCUUUGGUCGUUAG